GAAAUUAUUUACUGACCACUGACCACAACCCGACUGACAGCAUUAGAAAUACUUCUUUUUUUUUUUUCCUAUCAUGGUGCCACUGGGAAUGUUGAAGUAUAUUGGAUGGAUUUUCCUGAUUUGGUUGUGUGGAGAACAUGUUUUAGCAAGGCGUACCUGUCGUGCGCCCACUCUGAAUGGGGGUUAUGUUGUUCCUCAGCAAGACACAUACUCGCAUGGAACCGUUUUUUCCUAUGCAUGUGAAGCUGGACUCAAGCCGGCAGUGGAGGGCUGGUGGGCAACAACGACAUGCCAGGAUGGUAAAUGGUCCACUCAACCACAAUGUAUUGAUGUCAACAAUUGCAUCCCACCUACUAUCCCUCAUGCAAAAUUCACUUCAAGCUUGGUGGGUUGGUAUGAAAACAGCUACGUGAUAAGGAUAAAAUGUGAUGCCGAAUAUACAUUCAAAGAGUUGGAUGCUACAGCGCAGUGUGUCAAUGGAACAUGGCUCUCUGUACCAAGCUGUGAGCGAAGUAGCCAGGCAUGUGAUGAGCCCCCCAAAAUUCCCCACGCUGUAAUCAUAAAUCAGCACCCUCACCAGGAUGUGUAUGCUUCUGAUACUGAAAUACUGUACGAAUGUCAAGAUGGAUAUAAUGUAGAGGGACAACUCAAAAAGUCCAUCUUUUGCAUCGGUGGAAACUGGUCAGCAGCCCCGGCCUGCAUCAAACAAAUAAAGCCAAUUCUUGGUGGCUCCACAACAUCUGCUGGCAGUGAGACAAGGCCUGAAAGUGGAGGAUCUUCAACCAGCACUGGUUCAACCGAUCCACAAGAUACUACAGUUGACCAAUGUGGAACGACUCCCAUUGUCCAGGGUGGUGAGAUUGUGGUAAGGGAUCUCAUGUUUUUGAAAUAUCAAUGUGCCAGUUUCUACAAACAAGUGGGUCCGGAGAAAGUGUUCUGCUACAGUAAUGGCCAGUGGUCCACCACGCCCACCUGCAAAGCUACCUACUGUUCUGUGGACACCGAUCAAUACCCCCAGUUAAAAUAUGAUGGAGUUAAAUAUAUAAACAAUGGUGAGACGGUGACACUGGAAUGUGUGAAACUGGACCACUGGCUGACAGAUCAUUAUUCGGAGGGGCGGUGCAAUAACGGAAGACUUACAUUGGGGAUAUGUUGUAACUGGUGGGAAAGGAAGUUUAAUUCGUGCUGAAACGUCAGGAUUGAAGAUGCUUCUUACAAGCCAGUCUAACACGGGGACAGUCUAAAACGCUUAACAUCGCUUUACAUACGAAAACCACUAUAAUCGUGAUUCAAAUGUGUGUGGACAUCUCUACUGAGGCCCACUUCCACCGCUGAAAAUAUUACAAUGAUUGCUCCAAUAUUUUGGAUUUUAUGGACAUUAACCAUUUUCCUCUCCAUAAAAAAAAGCUUAACGUUCUUUAAAGAGGAAAACGCUUAAUAGCCAUAUAAAAUCUGUCAUAUUGGGGUGAUUAUUAGAAUAUUUUCAAAGGUGGCAUAAGUAGAGAUGUCCGCAUAAAUUUUGGUGAAGAUUAAUUCCAGUUUUCUGACAUGAAGCAACGUUAAGUAUGUUUACACUUACGUUAAGCGUUUCAGACAGUCUGUUUUAUUGAGAGCUUUAUGAAAAACAUGGUGUAAUGUUUGAUGGACUGCAGUGAAUAAAAACUUGGUACAUAAAGCA